GACAUGGUGUCCAGGUGUCACAGUUGCUGAGUUGAGAGUUCUCAUGUCAACAUUAACUGAUCGAUCUCAUUUAUUCUUUAAAUUGUUCUUUACAGACGAUUACAGUGUAUAAACAACAUAGUUUUAAAAGUUAAAAGGCUGUAUUUUACCUGGGUGUUUAUUCAAGACUAACCAAUGUAAGGUGACUGAGAAAACCCAGAGCAAACAAAAACAUCAUUUCUCUACGUCCUUACUUACUAAAAAGGCCCAAAAAUGGGUGGAAAAGCAGAAAAGGGUACUCCAAAGUACAUAGCGAACAAAAUAAAAGCUAAAGGCUUGCAGAAAUUAAGAUGGUAUUGUCAGAUGUGUGCAAAACAAUGCCGAGAUGAGAAUGGUUUUAAAUGCCAUACAAUGUCAGAAUCUCACCAGCGACAGCUUCUAUUAUUUGCUGAUAACGCCAAUAAGUACAUCGAUGAGUUCUCCAAGGAGUUUGCUGAUGGAUAUUUGGAGCUACUUUCCCGCCAGUUUGGUACAAAACGUGUUAAUGCUAACAAGGUCUAUCAGGAAUAUAUUUCUCACAGAGACCAUCUCCACAUGAACGCAACACAAUGGGAAACCCUCACGGAGUUUGUGAAGUGGCUCGGACGGGAAGGCAAGUGUGUUGUUGAUGAAACGGAAAAGGGAUGGUUUGUGGCGUACAUAGAUAGAGAUCCCGCUGCUAUUGCAGCAUUGGAAUCUAAAGCUAAGAAGGAGAAGAUGGAUAAGGAUGAUCAGGAAAGAAUGCUGGAGUUCAUACAAAAGCAAGUCGAAAGAGGAAGGAAGCAGUCCUCGAACGAGGCUCCCUCAUAUUCUGAGUUCAAGAGAGAGAGUAGCCAGGAGAAGGUUGUACUCAGUUUGAAGAGGAAGACGGAAGAAAAGAAGCCUGAUACCCUACCAGCAUCAGCACUUAAAUUGAAAGAGAAGGAGAAGGAAAGAGAAUCAGCCAAGAGGCAGAAAGAAGACAGCAGAAGUAGACAGUCCGCUCUAGAUGAUAUUAUUAAAAUGGAGGAACGAGCUAAAGAGAGAGCUAAUAGAAAAGACUACUGGCUAUGUGAGAAUAUUGUAGUGAAAAUAACAACAAAAUCUUUGGGAGAUAAAUUCUAUAAAAGAAAAGCGAUUGUUGAACGAGUAGUGGACAAAUACUGCGCUCAUGUUAAACUUACCGAAGAUAACGUAAAAUUGAAAUUAGACCAGAAUCACUUAGAAACCGUGAUACCGUCGACGGGUCGCGCCGUCCGCUUCGUGAACGGCGCCUACCGGGGAGCUACCGGCACUCUGAGAGCCAUCGAUAUAGAUAAUUACUGCUGUGAUGUAGAGAUUUCCGAAGGUCCCCUAACCGGUCGCCUAGUGAAGAAAGUCCAAUAUGAAGAUAUAAGCAAGCUAGCGUCGUGAUGAAUAUACAAGAAACACCAGCCUGUAACUGUCCCACUGCAGGCCUCUCAUACAGAGAAGGAGCAUUGAUCACCAUGCUUGUGAG